AUGGCUGCGUUUCUUAUCCAAACCUCUGGAGCUGGGAAAUAAAAAAAACCUUCGUCUCUCUGCACCGUCUCUCCUCCUCUUCACCUUCAUCACACUGAGGCCACCCGGUUCUACACGUUGUGGGACCCACGUCCUGCGGAGAGAGGAGGAAGAUUUCUGAGGGGAAAAUGGAUCCGCUCACGCUUUGAGGGAUGAAAGAUCAUUUUUCUCUUUAACCCUUUCUGCUCCCAGAUCUGCGAACAAUCGAGCAGACGAUGAUGCGCCAAGUGACCAGCAGUGACUUCUGCAUGAGCAGCCGGCCCUCGUGCCUCGCGGAGGACGGCCACCACCCCGCCUCCCACUUCGACCUGUGCGCCUCCCAGUCCAACAAGUUCUACCCUCCUCCCUCGUCGUCGUCCCUUCAGAUGACCCUGAUGCCCAUGGUCUUACCCGCCCAGAGCCACAAGCCCAUGGUGUGCCAGAGACAGGAAGUGCUCGAGGGUAAGGUACCAGGCAUUAAAAGCUCUGAUCAAGCGCCAGACGAUGCCAAGAAGAAGAGCAAGGCUGCGGGGAAGACGGGCAGGCGCGGGAGGCCUUUGGGAACCACCAAGCUGGCCGGAUACAGAACCAGCACGGGUCGACCCCUUGGUACCACCAGAGCUGCUGGUUUCAAGACGAGCCCUGGGAGGCCACUGGGUACGACCAGAGCGGCGGGGUACAAGGUCAGCCCCGGUCGGCCCCCCGGCAGCAUCAAGGGCUUCUCUCGCCUCAACAAACUGGCUUACGGUAGCACCUGCAGCGGGGCGGCUUUCCCCUAUCCGCUGCCACACAAAGAACUUCUCUGUGAACCUUCCUGCAAAGAGAAGACGACAAACGAGUGAAGGCUCUGUUUCUGCCCCCCCCCCCUCCAUAAGUGGAAUAAGAGAUGCAUGUGUACAGGUUUCCUUACAGAUGUUUGGGGGGGGGGGGACUUUAAUCUUUUCCAGUCUGCUGUGACUGAGACGAGAUGAUUUUCUAUGAUUGGUGUUGGUGUCAUCUGUGUGCCUGCCACUUGAUAUAACACUGUUACUUUUACAGUGCUACUGCUGGAGAUCUAUAACCUGCGGAAGGUUUAACCACUCGACACUGUUUCUGUCAUCAUGGGGGGAAAAGAAACUCCAGAUGUUCACUGAGCAAGGUGCUUUUAAUCUUAGUAACAACUGUAGUGGUAAUUCAUUUCUUAUUUAUUUUUCAUUUUAACAUCAACAGAUUGUUGAAGCAUCCAGUUUAAAAUGUUUAUUGCAGCCACAAGUGUGUGAACCUUUCUGGGAUGUUUACAGCACAAAACAAGGACUAAUUGACUUUAUGUUAUCGUCAUACUACAGUUUAAAUAUCAUAUCAGCUUAUGAUGGACAGUCACAUUUGUUCUUUCUGUUUAAUCAAACAAUAGGAAAUAAUUAAGGAGAGGGACAAGCAGCAAUGUUGUUUUUACAGUCUUUAAUUGGCCAUUGUGUCACAUUUGUAAAAUCCAAUCAAAUACUUUGUCUAUCAGUUAAAUUUUAACAGUUUGGGGUUAAGUGUGUUGCUCAAUGGCACUUCAAUAGAUAAUCAGGCACUUAAAACUGAAAUCUGGUUAAUACAACCUUUUCCACUCAAACUUAACACCCAGACAAAUACUCCUGCUAAUAAACUCACUCAUCACUGUUCACUCUCUAAAGGUCAAGCCACUAAAUGUCUUCUCAGAGCAGCUGAAAGUCACAGAUUCUUGUAUAAAAUCCAAGUCAGUACUAACUUUUUCACUCAAAAGUAUAAAAACAAAAAAUGCAGAGACCUCCUGCUUUUUAAUACAACCUGCUUAAGAUGAGAUAAUGUGCCCUAUGGUUGCCUCAUCUGCUCAUUAGUCACCCUGGAAAAGUUGUUUUUGUGUAAUUGUGAAUGAACAGUGUUGAUAUUUCCUGUUUGUCCCUUGAUCGCUCUUCACAAUAGUAAAAUAUGUCGUAUUUCAUCUUUGGUGCACAGACAGUUCGAAGUCCAGACUCACUUGUGGAUUCACAGUUGAAAUGAGGAUUUGUCAGUGGACUCUUGGUAGAACUGUUCUGUCUGGAGUGCACUUGUCUCCUUACCAAGGACUAGGUGCUGCUACACAAACCAAAAUUACACAUUUUUAUAACAAAAACCCUAUUUGUUUACACUAUAUUUCCCAAAAGCAUCUGCGUCGGAUUUUGUUUCAACCCAAAGCAGCAAAAUAAAAAGUGUGCUCAGUUCAAUAUACAAAAAAUAUCACGUCAUAUCCUCUAAUCAAGACUGAAAAUCUAAACCUAUGUUCAGUCUCAACUGUCAAUACCUGAUGAUUUUUGAACAUUUAAUAUUUAUUUUGUUCUAAAUUGUCUAUUGGCAACAUUUCUAAAAGAUUUAUUUUGUAGUUAUCAAUCAAAUCUGACUAAAUUUUGACUUCCUGUUUUGUAAAGUCUUAACUUACACAACAGAAAACAACAUAAUCAGGUCAGUGUUGACUUUGUGACGUUAAAUGCACUUUGCUUUACAUAGAGUGAAUGCUUUGUAACGUUGUCUUGUCAGGAAAGUCGUCACCCAAAGAUUUAAUCAGUUGUGCUACAUUAAUAUUAAUUAUUAUUUGUCCCAAAAAUGUUAACCAAAUCAACUUUGUCACAUGAACGUGUCAAUGACAAUGAUUAAUAUGGAAGUUGUCUUAUAGUUGUUUAGCGAUUUUACACAAAAUAUCCUAAAGGAAGAAACAUUUAAUAUUAUUAUAAUUUAUUUGAUACUCACAUGACACAUGUUUUAAUUUAUUAAUUUAAUGCUGAGGAAGUUAUUGUGAACAAAUGACACCAUUGCUAUAUACUGGGUUUUUACAAUGUGAGCUGCCAGUUUGAAUUUCCUGGGAUAUCUGCUGACAGGGGGCGCUGUUUCUCCAGAACGACAAGCCAAAACUCAUAAUUAUCAGGAACAGGAAAACAAUAAUCAAAGGUUUAAGAAUUUGGCAAGUACAGAUUAAUGUGUUUUAGUGUCUUAAUUAGUUUUUUACUUUACAUAGUUUCUCGUAAAAUAAUUGUAUCAAUUGUUUUAAUCAAUCUGUCCAGUUUAAAAAAUAUAUACAAUUUAAUGGUCAAAUUCAUAUCAGAUUUUUUUAAUUAGGUAUUUACAAUAUAAAGUACACAAUCAAAGCCUCAUAGAGCACUUGAAUCAGAAGCUGAUGUUUGUCUGAAAUGUUGUAACAUGAAAAUAUUUUUGUUGAAACAGACCACAGGCAGAAAUGAAGAAAUGGACUAGUUUUAUUGGUUUACUGUUCACAGGUAUUUCACAGCAUGUUCAUUGCAUCGUAAAUACAGUCAGUCACAUUCAGUCAAACAUGAUUUUGAUCUAAACUAUUUGCCACUGUGUCGGUUUUUGUUCCGGAGUUUGAUCUUCCAAUUUGCCUGAAGAACACGCAUUGGUAUAAUUCAUAUGUUGGGAAUUCAGAUUAAGAGAGUGGAGACAUUUAUUUAAUUUGGUGCAAUAACCUGUCGUAUGUAUAUUGUACCGUGUAAACUUUGAUACUAUCACUUUUUAUUAUUGUUGUAUUUUGAUACUGUUGUACAAGGCCUUUUCUCACUUGUUUAGUUGACGUGUGUUUGUGUUAACAGAGGUUACUGAAACGUCACAUACAAACACUCUUUCCACCCUCUACCAAAGAAUAUGAUGUUAACUAACUUUAUUUGAUAGAAGAAAAUACUCCAAUGUCUCACAAAGUAACCUGAGCAUGAAAACCUCUGUAUAAAAUGUAAAUGAGAAAAGCACUGUCCCAUGAAAGAUGGUAUGAUUGUUUGGAUUAAUGCAAAAAGCUUUGAGUAAUCACUGCAUCUAAAGCCUCGAAACACGCAGGUGUAAUUGUUUCAUGGACAGUUGAUUGAAUGGAUUGUAAAUUGACGAUAUAAAGUUAGAUCCUUGUUUUAAUUCUACAUUGAAAAAAAAGGUCUCUUUUCAUAGAUUUCAUAUGUAGCCACGUGUUUGAUGUUUGACUGAACAUUUCUUGUUGAGGUUAUGGCUGAAGUGAUGCCUGCCUGUCGCAUAUUCCUGAGGUUUGUGUCUUCUUUUACAGUUUAAGUGUUUUGUUUUAUAGUUUUUAGAUUCACACAUUAAGAGUAAUAGGAUCAAAAUGCUGGUUGGCUGCACUGUUAAUUACAUCUGCCUUUUUCACAGCAGAUAUUUAGACACAGAUCGAAAGGUACAUGCAGGCUAUAGAUAAUAAAGUUAAUGAUGGUUUGAUUCUAUUUAGCUGCUCGGUAUUGUGCAGGCUGACAUCUUAACACUUGAAUAGAUCAUCAAUGUUGUUUGUUACACUUUGAGACUUGUCUGCUGUGAAAAAGGUCUUUUGUCUGUCUGAGUCAUCUCCCUCUGUUGUAAUUGCUCCUGAAACCCUGAUGAGCAUUUCUCACUGAAAAGCUGAAACAUGUUUUACUUUUUGUCCUCAUUCUUGGCUAACUGGGUGUCUAGCAUAGACUUUAUCCACUGUUGCUUCAGCAGCUACAGCUCUAUUGACUUCUGACAUGGUGCUUACUUUGUUGUAGGCUGCUGCACAGCUUCCUGCAAAGACUCAUAAAGGUCUUGAUCUUGUUUAUGAUGGAGUUUGGUGAAAAUAAUUAACAUUUACAUUAAUUGAGUAACAACAAAUUUGCAAACUGUACCACCCUCCUCCUCAGUGACGUCCCAUUGAGAUUGUAGCAUUGUCCUCUGUCCUUGUAUCAGAUCCAGUGAAUCAAAGUGGCAUUUCAGUCUGAUUAUCAGAUUGCAAGGUUACAGUGUAAAUCUGCAUUCUUAAAAAAUAUUAUUAUUUAUUAUUAUGUCAUUGUGAAUCAUGUUUUAAUUAAUCUAGAACAGAACAUCGUUCUAGAACAGAAAAGCUGUUUGGCUCUCUGUGAAUGAGGGGGAUAUUUUGUUGUUGUUGAAUGCUUACAAUAUGUUUGUUGUAAUAACUCAGGUAAUAUCAGGUUAUUAUUCUACAAUGUUUAUUUUUCAGAUCAGUCGUGGUUGAUGUUCAUUUAGUUGAGAAAAUUGAUUGAAAAAACCUAAACAUGUUUCAGCUUCAGCUCGAUGAAAGAAAACCUGUAAGUUAUACUGUAAAUGUUGGUUUAUGGUUAUGUCAGGGAAAGUGGGACUCAUCUGAUCAGCAUCAAAGUGCGUGAAGUGAAAAUGGAUUAUUACGACUAUAGGAUUAGAAAUGGCUGUCGUCAGAAAGUAAAAGACGGGGAGGACGAUGACAGUGUCAUGACUGAUGUAUUGGCCAGCAUGUCAGGUGUAACCUUGAAGAACUCUCGAGGUCUUUAUCUGUUUCACUGUUAAGUUCAUAUCUAAAAUAAUUUGUUAAAUUUGUGGACAAGGUGUUACAAUUUUAUGCUGCUAAAAAAAAUGUUUUCCCCGUUUUUUUACUUUGUUCAUUUAGUGGAGUGCACUGACAUUUUGGACCUGGACCCUGAUUGAAGGAUGAUUAUUGAAGGUGGAUUAAUGAAAAACAGACUCAGUAAAGUGGUUGAUUUAUUGACCUUCUUGUCAUUUGUAGCUAUAAUAUUUCAAGUUAAGUCAGCACUUUUACUUUUUGAGUGAAUAUUUUUUCUCUCACCACAUUCAGUGUUAAAUCCCGACCUGGUCCCUUGUCUGUAAAUUACAUUUUGAGUGUGGUUUUUGUUGGAGAAGAUGUGAAGCUCAGUUAUUCCAAGUGUGUGACUGGAGAGGCCUGUGAAGCUUUGUAUCAUUCCUACUUUAUUCCUGCAUGAUUACUGUGGAAUGUUCAAAAGUUGUGUAAUAAAUCUGAAAGUAAAAGA